UGACUACCGACACCACCAACAAAAAUAAAAGCAAAAUGACAACCGCAGCAGAACCCAUUUUCUCCAAGGGAGAAGACUGCAAAGCCUCCUGGCAUGACGCUAGCGCCGGCUAUAAUGAGACCGACACUCACCUGGAGAUCAUGGGAAAGCCCGUGAUGGAGCGUUGGGAGACCCCGUACAUGCACUCGCUCGCCACGGUCGCUGCCUCAAAAGGUGGUCGGGUUCUGGAGAUCGGUUUUGGCAUGGCCAUUGCUGCUACAAAAGUCGAGUUUCCUAUUGAAGAGCACUGGAUCAUUGAGUGCAACGACGGUGUCUUUGCCAGACUGGAGAACUGGGCCAAGUCUCAGCCCCACAAGGUCGUUCCUCUUAAGGGUCUUUGGGAGAACGUUGUGGCCACUCUGCCUGACAACCACUUUGACGGUAUCCUGUACGACACGUACCCUCUGUCAGAAGACACAUGGCACACUCACCAGUUCAACUUCAUUGAGGGUCACGCUCACAGGCUGCUGAAACCCGGCGGUGUCCUCACCUACUGCAACCUGACUUCCUGGGGGGAGCUGCUCAAGAGCAAAUACGACAACAUUGAAAAGAUGUUUGAGGAGACCCAGGUUUCUCAUCUACUUAAAGCCGGUUUUAAGAAGGAGAAGAUUAGCACCACCACCAUGGACAUUGUACCCCCCAGUGAAUGCAAAUACUAUUCCUUCAAUAAGAUGAUCACCCCCACCAUCACCAAAGACUAAAGUCCUGAGAACUGUAGCAAUCUUUUUUUAUAGUUCUACGUGCCCUUUGACCCAACACUGACCUCAUCUGUCAAUAAACCCAAGUCUUUCCCAUA